AUGUCGCCGAGCAAGCUCAGGGUGAACACGCAGCGUCUACAUCGCGCGUAUUCGAGCGGAGAUUUAGGCCGCCGGCCGAAAUUCGCCACCAACGUCGCGGUGCUGCUGCUGACAAACGUCGGGCUUUUGUCAUUCUUCUUGGGCGGCGUGUACUUUGUGCUGUCGGGAUGGGACCAAACCGCGACGCUGUGCGUCGUCGGGUACGUGUGCUGUGGUUUGGCGUUGGCGAUACCGUCGAUGACAUUCUCGAAGUCGUUGGAUGACGAGAAGGUGGCGUGCGAUGACGAUGAGGCCAAGCGCGACGAAGACUCGAGGGUGUUGUACCGCGUCUUCGCGGGCGUGCUCAACGUCGCGGGUUUAAUUUUAGGAAUUCUCGGGUCGUUACUGUACAGUCCUGGAUUUUGUAAGUGGGCAACGAGUGGGCGAUUCGAUCCGUACGUGAAUGAUGCUGAUUUCGAGACGUUGACCGAUCGAGCGAACGUGAUUUGGGCGAUUUCAUUUCUGCUGUUCCCAAUCGGCAGCGGGCUCUUCUUGUACGACAGAAAACGGACGUUGGAAAAGAGAGCUGCGUUGAAGCAGCGCCGCGCGCCUGGAUAUUUUUCGCAAGAGCUGUAUUUAUACACGUGGAUUGAGAUCGCGCUCGUCGUAUUCGCCGUCGGCGGCAUGCUGUUUUGCUUUGACGACAACGAAGGCCUCCUCGUGGGCUCGCUCGUCCUCUUUUUUAUAGGAGGCGGGAUCAAGGCUGGUUUGAUGUUCCACGAAUUGAGGAUGUUCUUUGGUGGCACGUGCGAUGCAAUGCGUGAGGAUCGCGACUCCGACGAUUCAGACGAGCGAUCGCCGCUGAUUGGGGAUAGGGAUAACAUGUCGGACACGUCGUCCUUGCUCGGCGACGCCUGA